UGUUAUAUGGUCCCUCUCCAUAAAAGGAAAUGGAGCAACGUGGACAAUUGGCUGCGACUGAUGUGUGUCUGAUGGAUGGCACUUUAAUUUUUCUCCUUCUGUCAAUUUGUUGUUGGUGAAUUGGUGAUGGAUCACUGCAAGCUAAUUCUCUGAAACCGUAUAGGAGCUUUCUCUAUUUCUUUAAAGGCAAGACUAUUUCUUGCAUUGCUCUGUAUGCCGGCGGCUCCUAAAACCAGUUUUCUGGAUAUUAUAACCAGAAUCUGGUAAGGAAACCACCUUAAUUCGGCAUAAUACCUUUUCCAAUCAACAAAAAAAUUGUAUUUGUUUUGAUUGGUGCAAUUGAAAUUUAAGCUCAAAUUUUUCUCUUAGUAUUUUGUCAUGCUUCUUACAUCGUGGUAUAAUAUAUAUAUAUGUAGUAAGAACUUAUUACUGCAUGUUGCUACAUAAUUUAUAUUUUUAAAAAAUACAUAUAGUUGAAGGGGUUGAGUAUGGGAGGGAUCAAAGUUGAAAAGAUAAAGAGUUGGAUUGUAGGUGGGUCGCUCUUUGAUCAAUUUAACUUGUGUGUGGUUGGAGCCAUAACGUUGUUGCUGCUGUGCACCUAUACAGUCCACCUGAGAGCAAUGAGCAAGACCACGACACCCAGGUUUUUGAUCUUCUGGUCUUCUCAACACAUUGACACUCCUCAAAGAGUUUAUGAAAACAAUGGAUAUCUGAUGAUUUCGGCCAAUGGAGGAUUGAAUCAAAUGAGAGCUGGUAUUUGUGACAUGGUUGCAAUUGCAAAAUAUUUGAACGUCACGCUUGUGGUUCCUGAAUUGGACAAUACCUCCCUUUGGCAUGAUAGCAGUCAAUUCCAAGAUAUAUUUGACGUGAAUUAUUUCAUUACAUCUCUGAGAGAUGAGGUUCGGAUAUUGAAACAGUUACCUGAUGAGCAGAAGAGAAGAGUGAAGAAUGAUUCAAUUUAUACAAUGGAACCCCAUUCAUGGUCCAAUUUGGGCUAUUAUUACUACCAGAUUCUUCCCAAGAUAAAAGAGCAGGAAGUUGUGCAUUUCAAUAAGACUGAUUUUCGGCUUGUAAAUAAUGGGAUUCCUAUAGAGUUUCAAAAGCUGCGCUGCCAAGUGAACUAUGAAGCUCUGAGAUUUACUCCCACAAUAGCAGAAGUAGGGAAGAAGAUUGUCAAGCUUCUGAGGCAAAAAGGUCCCUUUUUAGUUCUUCAUCUCAGAUAUGAAAUGGACAUGUUAGCAUUCUCUGGUUGUAAUGAAGGUUGCAAUGAGACAGAAGCUGAUGAACUCACAAAAUUGAGAUAUGCCACCCCACGGUGGGGACAAAAAGUAAUAAAUUCUGGAUUGAAAAGAAAAGUGGGUGGGUGCCCUUUAACUCCCGAGGAAACUGCACUUGCAUUGCAGGCAUUGGACAUUGACCCUAGUAUCCAAAUUUAUAUUGCGUCCGGCAAUAUAUACGGGGGAGAGAGGAGAAUGGCAGCUCUGAGAGCAGCUUUUCCUAAUCUAGUUAAAAAGGAAACAUUGUUGGCACCCUCCGACCUUAAACUCUUCCGGAAACAUUCACACAUGAAGGCUGCAUUGGAUUACAUUGUAGCAAUAGAAAGUGACAUUUUUGUGCCUUCCUAUGGAGGAAACAUGGCAAAACUGGUUCAAGGCCAUCGACGAUACUUGGGGUACAAGAUAACAAUUUCUCUAGAUGCACAGCUUCUAGUGAACGUGAUCGAUCGGUACAAGAAGGGAGGGCUGAACUGGGAUGAAGUCUCCCAGGAAGUGAAGACAGGUCAUGCUGAUCUAAUGGGUAGCCCUACUCAGAGAAUGGAGGUUCCUGAGAAUCCCAAGCAUGAAGAUUACUUCUAUAGUAAUCCACAGGAAUGUCUGCCACCAAUUUGGUAAAAAUUCAAAGAGUACAUGAUGCUCGUUAUGAAUUACUGUUGGUAGUUUAUUUUUGGAAUCCACUAAUAUUCUUUGUUCGCCACAUGCUGCUAUUGUACAUCUCCUGUGAUCAAAAUGGAAAUACUUCUGCUUGUGUUUGAGUUCCUGUUCGGUCAGGGUUGGAGCCUUGGGCCUUUGGGAUAGGCCAGUACUGCAUUAGUUUGGUAACUAAAACCAAAAAAGUGUUACUUUUGGAAAUAUUUUUCAAAAACAACAUGCCACUUUUUUUCU